AUGGUCCGACUAUCAUCCCUUUUCCGCCUGCCCACCAAGCUGCGGCGCAGGGUCAGACGCAAUCGAAUGGCUACCCUUAUAGCCCUCGUCGUCCUCGUAGGCCUCUUAGUCUUCCCCUUCUAUUCUGCCUACUGCGUCUACAAACCUCCGAGAUACCUCAUCAAUUGGCUGCGGAGGAAAUACCCGGAUGUGCUUUUCGAGGAACCGACCGACCAAAAGAUCAUUGCCUUAUCGAUUGACGAUGCACCCUCCGCCCACACCGAUGAGAUCAUGCAGGUUCUGGAGGAGAACGAGGCCCAUGCCACAUUUUUCGUCAUAGGCUCCCAAGUCGAGGGUCGUAAGGAAAAGCUUGUCAAAUUAGUCGAGAAGGGUCAUGAGUUGGGGAACCAUGCUAUGCAUGAUGAGCCAUCCAAGUCACUCAGCAACGAGAAGCUCAUGGAGGAAGUCCACCUCGUCAAGGGGAUGCUGACCGAGGCAUAUGCGGCAAAUGAUCGAAUUCUACCCAACAAUUACUUCCGCCCGGGAUCUGGAAUAUUCAACAGACGCAUGCGCGACGUCUUAGGAAACCAGGGCUUUCGCAUCACUCUGGGAAGCGUCUAUCCUCACGACCCUCAAAUACCGUAUCCCGAAACCAACGCAAAACACAUCCUUAGCAUGGCUCACCCAGGAGCUAUCAUCAUCUGCCACGAUAGGAGGUCAUGGACAGUACCGAUGCUGCGCAUUGUUCUUCCAGAGUUGAAGCGGCAGGGGUAUAAGAUUGUUACCAUCACCGAUCUUGUCAAGCUUGUAGCAGCAGAGAGCCAGGUGCGAUGA